UUUGUUAGUUGAUCAUUUUGUUUUUGUUGACAUCGUUUGAAUAAACAGUCUCCCAGUUUAUUGUAUUUUUAAUUUUAAUUAACAAAUGUAUAUUCAUUUAAAUUAUAUUUUUCGAUUCAAAUACGUACAAUAAAUAAUGCUCUUUUGAUUCCUAUCAUUGGAUUAGCAAUGGUACAUUGGUAACUUCAAUCAAGUUUGCUACCAGACCGAUCAGGUUUCAUGUGCAUCUACCUAGGUCAAGUAUCAAGUCUUUCCAAUCCAAUUUAAGCUGACAUGUGUCAAUAAUGGGUGGCAAAAAGGCAAAAGGUUGCCCUUAGCUUGCUAUACGUGACGAUUUACUCCUUGUUUCAAUUUACCUUUAUCUCAUAAAUUAUUACUUAACUUUUGACAAAAUCGUGUUGACAGUAAAUCUCAAUCGGACUACACUGAAGGUGUAUUUAAAUUUUUAUUUUACAAAAUAUUUCUACGUUGAUUGUAAUAUUAUAUUAUGCCUUAAUAUCUAACUGAAAAUGGCUUCGAUGCAGAAAAGAUUACAGAGAGAAUUGAAGUCAAUUCAAACUGAACCACCACCAGGAGUUAGUAUUAAUCAAAAUAGCGUUGGCUCAAGCUUGACUCAAUGGAUUGUUGACAUGGAAGGAGCCUCUGGAACUCUCUAUGAAGGCGAAAAAUUUCAACUCCAAUUCAAAUUUAGUUCAAAAUAUCCUUUUGAUUCGCCAGAGGUUACUUUCAUUGGCCCUAAUAUCCCAAUUCACCCCCAUGUAUAUAGCAAUGGACACAUUUGUCUGUCAAUUUUAACUGAGGACUGGUCGCCUGCUCUUUCAGUUCAAUCUGUUUGUCUCAGCAUCGUUUCAAUGCUUUCAAGCUGCACGGAAAAGAAAAGGCCUCCAGAUAACUCUCUUUAUGUGAAAACUUGCAGCAAAAAUCCUAAGAAAACAAAAUGGUGGUACCAUGAUGAGAAAGUUUAGUCUCAUGGAAUUCAUCAAAUUUAUUAUUGAACGGAUAAAUUGACACUCCAAUCAUUUUAUUGCAACACUUGAAUUCAACAUUGAAUUAUAAAGUAUUCAUUCAAUUGUUAAGAACCAAUGAAAGGAUUGAGAUCAAGUAAAUACACUAAAAAGAUACCAAAUAUUUGAGCUCAUUGGUUUGAAAAAACACGGUAAAUAAAAUCCAUCCACGUAACUGACACAUCUCCGAUUUUCAAUCAUCGUCAACACAUUAGAAAUAAUGAGAAACGAGAAAAAUAUGGCAAACUUUGAGAAUGGUUCAUCAUCGUCGAUACCAUCAAUGUACUCACCAAAUAUAUCAUCUUGUAAAAGAAAUCAAAAAUUAUCCCGUAAUAAUCCUUAAUAAUUAUAAUGAAUAAUAAUAAUUAUAAUAAUAAUAAUAAUUAUAAUAACAAUAAUAAUAAAAGAAGCAAACAAUGGCACAAGCAA